AUGGCAGAGAAUAAUGUAUUCAAUAUGUCAAUGGAUAUGGAUAUGGAUAGCCAAAACCCCAUUGUUACAGAUGGAAUUUUUGCACAUAUGAGAUCAGUUUCUCUUGCUCAUACUGAUUCCCUUGAUCUGAACAACCAAAAUCACAUUAUAAAAGGUUUUCCUCUCCCUGCAAUGCUGCAAGGUGAACCCAUAAACAAUCUCCAUGCCUGUCUUCACUUACCAAAUCAUCCCAGGAUUGCUGAUUCUGAUGCUUUUGCACUAGAGAAUACACAGCUCCAAAGAGGUGCCCUUAGAGAUCCUUCAAUUGGCAGUUCAUGUCCAAUUAAUGACAUUGAGAGUCAGGUCCAACUUAUGACUGGAAUACCCAUUUCCACUACAUCAGAUGCCACCCUUUUGGCCUCACCAUUUGCAUAUGACUGCUCCAAUACGAUAAAUUCUUCAUUCGGAACUUCUGUGAACUCCGGGUAUGAUGGAACACUUGGUAAUAUGAGCAGCCAUUGGGAUUUGGACAAGUUUAUGGCUCCUUCAGAACUUGCUAGGAUAGUCCCAGUAAGAGCAGGAUUUCAACCACUCCAAUCGAUGGGCAACAUAGAUCCGAAUGGGUGGAUAUCAUCAGAAAAUACCAGUGUAAACUCUGAUGGUCCUGGCUCUUCUAGAUUUGGUAAUGAGCUGUCCUUAAGUCUUGCUACAUGCCAGCCUUCGGUUAUUUGUGCAUCAACAAUCCAGGAUCAAUGCUCGGACUUAAGCUGUUCUGUUGUAACUAACCAUUCUUGCGGCAGUAAAAAUCUUUCUUCGAGUAUUGGUUCUUAUUCACAACUGGUAUCUGGAUCAAGAUAUCUGCAUGUGAUGCAAGAAAUACUUGCUGCUAUUGCUAGCUAUUCACUUGAAAAUCUAGACCAGAUGAGUUAUCCGGCAAAUGGUGGUGGGGCUGGUGCCAGUUUUUCAUUCUCUUCUAGUCUACCUGCUGGGAGAGGCUGUUCAGUACUGGGUUCUGGUGACUUUUUUGAUGAUGGUAGAGUUGAGGGUCAAAUAGACUCCAUGUUCCAAGGACGACAAGUUGUAGCAAAGAAAAAACAUUUGCUGGCUUUGCUACAAAUGGUUGAUGACCGAUGCAGCCAAUGCUUGGAUGAGAUUCAUACGGUGAUAUCUGCAUUCCAUUCUGUAACUGAGUUGGAUCCCCAUAUACAUGCUCGUUUUUCUCUUCAAACCAUCUCGUUCUUGUAUAAAGACCUGAAAGAGAGAAUCAGCAAUUACAUCCUUGCAAUGGGUGCAUGUUUCAAUAAAGGAGGUAUUAGAGAAGAUGAGGCGUCUUUUGAGACAUCUUUUAUCCAAAAGCAGUGGGCUCUACAACAGCUAAGAAGAAAAGAUCAUCAGUUAUGGAGGCCACAGAGAGGCCUACCAGAGAGAUCUGUCUCAGUUUUGCGGGCGUGGAUGUUUGAGAACUUUCUUCACCCGUACCCAAAGGAUGCAGAGAAGCAUUUGCUUGCAGUUAAAAGUGGAUUGACAAGGAGCCAGGUAUCCAAUUGGUUCAUAAAUGCGCGAGUUCGUCUUUGGAAGCCAAUGAUAGAGGAAAUGUACGCGGAGAUGAAUAGGAGAAAAGGCCGUCGUAUGGAUGAAGAAACCAACAGCAAUCGAAGAAACCAACUAAGCAUCGUCAAUCGAAGAUUUUAAAAAGAUCAAAAACCAGUAAGAAGGUAUAUAUAUAUAUAUGUAUUGCAAAUAGCAGUAAGCUUUGUUAACCAUUGGUUGGAGAUAGAACAUGGUUGAAACUGUAGAAAAAUGCUAUGUAUAAUUGAGGGUCAAGUGAAAUCUUUAUUUUCUAUUUAAAACUCUUCAGAAUAUCAUUAGAUAUUUAUGUAAUACUAUUCUCUCUGUAUUUCUUUUUUGUCAAGGGAAUUUGUGGUGUUCUCUUCUUUACAUUGCAAAUUUGAGGAGGAUGGACAUUUUAUAUGAUCAAGAUAUUGGAAAUGAAGUAAACUUGAUGUGGG